AUGGAUAUCCUAAAGCUUGCAACCACAAUAAUUGAUCGAAAUCAUUCAUAUGGCAUCGACGAUCCAUUUUACAUCCUGGAUCUCAAUCAAGUCAAACAAAAGUAUCAAAAUUGGAUCGAAAAUCUACCCCAGAUCAUCCCACAUUAUGCUGUAAAGUGCAAUGACGAUGAAAACAUCCUAAAUGUCCUCAAAAAUUGCGGAACUGGCUUUGACUGCGCAUCAAAAAAUGAAAUUGAAAAAAUUUUGAAGCUCUACGUGGAUCCAUCGAGGAUCAUUUUUGCACAUACAGUCAAGCAAGUUUCACAUUUAAAGUUUGCAGCUGAAAAAGGAGUUGAAAAAAUGACUUUCGAUACUGAAGCUGAACUUCAAAAAAUUAAGCAGUUCCAUCCAAAAGCUAAAGUCGUGUUGAGGAUCAGAUUUGAUGCUGCAAAGUCUCUUUUUGAAUUGGGAUCGAAGUUCGGUGCUGAGCCUAAAAUGGAAGCUCGAAGAUUAGUUAAAAUUUGCAAAGAACUGGAAUUGAAUCUCAUCGGUGUCUCAUUUCAUGUCGGUUCAGGAACAGUUGACUAUGAAGUUUUUGGACACGCCAUUGAUGAAGUUCGUGAGAUUUUUGAUUAUGCUAAGAAUUAUGGAUAUGAACUUCAUCUUGUGGACAUUGGAGGUGGAUUUAUGGGACAUGAUGACAAGCUUCUCAAAAACUACGCUUACUUUAUAAAUUCAGCGAUUGAGAGGAACUUUAAUGACGAAAAUAUAAAAAUUAUCGCAGAACCAGGACAGUAUUUUGCAAUAUCCGCAAUGUCUAUCGUGACCCAAAUAGUUCUGAAGAAAUACUCUCAAAAUGGACAUGUCCACUAUUUCAUUAAUGAUGGCGUUUAUGGAUCUUUCCGAUCUAUAUACUCAUACAAUCAAUUUGUGAAUGUUACAGUCAUCAAGAAGUCAAAAAUCCAUGAAAAUUCAUCAAAAAUUGCAGAACAAAAAUUAUCAACAAUUUGGGGAUGUACGUGCAGUUCAAGAGACAAGAUAAUUGAAAAUAUAAUGAUGAAUGAGGUCGAGAUCGGAGAUUGGCUGAUUUUUAACAACAUGGGAGCUUACUCGACUGUAUUAUCGACCGACUUCAAUGGAUUCGCGAGAGGAAAAAUGUAUUACUUGGGCAUGAAGGUUGGGAGGGGAAAACUUGCUUCGAUUUAA